UUCCAGCCGCCCGUGGAGCCGGGAGUGACUGGCCACCCCUGCUUCUCUUCCCCGGGAUCGGUGGCAGGAGCCCCGCCGGCAAUGUCGGAGAGCGGGACGGGGCAGCAGCCACUGCCCGCGGCGCAUGGUGACAAGAAGGCAAGUGGAGAUUCUUCCAAGCCAGGAGAGAAAAAAGCAGAAGUCGCAGAGAAAAAACAAGUAAGUGCUAAUGUUAGCCAACCCCCCAAAACACAGACAAGGGGAGCACCUGCUGCUGCUAAGAUGCGUGGCCUUCAGCUGUACUUCACCUUAUUCUUCACAUUUACACUGGGCUGUGAGUGCAUAUUGGCACAAAGCAAAAUCUCUCCUUCUGCGGAUGCAUCAAAACCACAAAUUAUGAAGCCAUCUGAAACCAGGUCAGCACCAACAACCAAAGCAGGAUCUGAAAAAAACACCCAGUCAACCAAGCCAACAGACUCUCAAAAUAAACAGCUGUCUGAAGAGAAGCAAAAGGAACCCAGUGAUGCAAAAAACCAAACCUCACCUUCUGUGACAACAGGUUCUAAACCAAAUAAUGCUGGAAAAGGAACUACAACUGAGACUGACCAACCUCCACAAGCAACCCCCCCAGAGACAGCAAAGCCUAAAUGUGAGAUGUCCACGAUGGCUGGUGCAGCUUCUGCUGGCACAGCUGGUGCAAGUGUGGUUGCUGCAGCUGAUAAAUCAAGUGCUGAGCCUGGUAUGGAUGAGUCAGCACUGGACAGCCUAAUAGAUACCCUGGGUGGACCUGAAGAAGAUGUGCCCACUACUCCUGUUUACACUGGUCCAGAAGUUACGGAAGAUGAUAUAUAUUCAAGAUACUUGGAAGAACUGGGUAAACGGGAGGGUAGUCUCCCUCCAGAGUAUGUUAAAUUGUUGAAGAGCAAAGCCAAAGACGGAGUCCUACCAAAAGCAAAUGAACCAAAUGAAAAACCAAUGACAGAUGAUGAGCUUGCCGAGGCCUUGUCAUCUGACUUUACCUGCAGUACUGCUUCUGCUCAGAAAGAGAAGACAAGUCUGACAGAGAAACAAAGUAAGGAAGGAGAAAUCGUGCAAGCACAAGCAGCAAGUUCAGUCAAGACCUCAGUUCCUCCUAAGGAGAAGAAAACAAGAUCAAAUGAGGAAAUUAAAGAAGAUGCAGUGGAAGCUCUCCUGGAUACUCUUGGAGGACCUGAACCUGAACCUGAAGAUCCUAGCCCUGUUGUAGAGGUGUCAGAGGCAAAAGCUAAAGAGAAAAAAGAAGAAAAGGCUGGAGAACGUGAUGAUACAAUACCUCCAGAAUACAGGUUAACUCCAGAGUUGGAUAAGGAUGGAAAACCAAUAUUGCCGAAGCCUGAAGAAAAAGCAAAGCCUCUGAGUGAAUCUGAUCUUGUUGAUGAAUUUUCAAAGGACUUUGCCUGCCCUGCACAGCCUGCAGCACAGUCCAAACCUUCAAAGCCCAGCAACAUCUCCAAAAAGCCUUCGGAUUCUGUGUCUGCAAAAACCACUGAGAAUAAAGUAGUCCCUCGUGCCACAGCUUGCACUGUGCAGUCUUCAGCUCCACCAGCCCUGUCUUCAGUUGGUCAUGUACCAGAUGAAGCACUGGAAGCCUUGUCCAGCAGCCUGGGAAAGAAGAAGACUGAUCCAGAUGAAAAAAAUCCAGCUAUGGACAAAGUUAAGGAUAAAGAUGGAAAACCACUCUUAACAAAACCAGAAGAAAGGCCACAGCUGAUGAGUGAAAAUGAUCUGUUAGAGGGUUUGACAGAAGGAUUUUCCUGUUCUCCAUCACCACCUGCACCAUUACCUAAGUCAGUUGUACAAAAGAAAACCAAGGAGGGUGGGAAGCCAACGGGUUCCUCGGAUGUUAUCUCUGCUGCUACAGUUUCAUCAGUGCACUCAGCAGCUCCUCUGUCUUCUACCUCAGGAGGAAAAGAGAUGGAUGAAGCCUUGGAUCUCCUGUCUGAUUCCCUGGGACAGAGGGAGCCUGACCCUGACGAGAACAAACCAGUUGUGGAUAAAGUAAAGGAAAAGGCUAAAUCUGAACACAGAGACAAACUUGGAGAAAGAGAUGAUACCAUCCCACCUGACUAUCAAAAACUUCUGGAGUCAGGUGAUCAGGGUAAAGCAGCAAAGCCAACAGCAAAGGAUGACGUAAACCGCAAAGGACAAAAGAAGCCUAGAGAUGACAGUGCAGCUAUUGAUGCCUUAUCAGGUGACUUUGACACUUGUGCGAAUGCUCCUGCUACACCACAGCACUCAAAGGACAAAAGCGGAAAGGAAACCACGGCGACUAAACCAACCUCAAAGGACAAAGGAAAACCCAGAGACCCUAAAACGGCAAAGGGACAGUCCUCCAGCAGCAAAUCUGAGAAGCAGAAAACAAGCUAAACAUUAAAACAUUAUCAGGAUCCUGGCACAUCGUGUAAAAUGUCUUCUUUCUGUGGGUGGAUAGUUACUCCUGAGGAACAAAAGCUGAUGCUGAAAGCACAUGGUUAUUCUGGGUGGUUUUUGUACAGUGAUAAUUGCUGCACUUUUUUUUCAUCUUUCCUUUUUCCCAGUAGUAGGCUCGGGUGGUUUGUUUCUUUCCCUUAGCCAUUCAGUUCAUUAGACUCAUAUAGUCUGACUGUUUUGUAAUUUCCUUCAGUGUUCAGAAGAAAAGAAUUCUUCUAUUUGCAAGAAAUAUAUUCCACCAAUGAAGAGCAAUGCAAAAAAAAAAAAAAAUUGCUGCAGACUUCUGCACAUAAUCUCCGCAUAGUGCCUCUAACUCUCUGAAGAGUUCGUAUGUGCUAGCAUUUUUAACAUUGCAGUGAAUGCCUUAAGUGUUCUGGAAUAUAGUGAGCUUUAGUUAUCCUCAGCUGGGGCUGUGCAGGCUUUGCUCAGGCCGGAUCCUGGUAGGAAAACCGCAGGUCAGCUGUGGGUGGAUAAAGGCUGAGAAACUGGGGAUUAGGCUGCUUCUUCCAGCACAUCUGGUAAUAAAGCAGGUAUUUGGGAUGCUGCCUUAACUGUAGUUAAAAUACACUAGGAUAGGAUUUCCACCCCCCCCCAAUUCCCCCAAUUGUAUCUGUACUGUUACAUCAUAAUUUCAGGAGUCUCCUGGACUGAACAAACACAAGUCUUAGUGUAACAGUGACGCUGCUACCAUCACAGAAGGGGAAAUUGAGAAGGGGCAAUGAGUCUUGGCCAAAAUUGAAGUCCAGGUCCACAGGCAGUCUCUUUUUUUGUUUAAAUCUUAUUUUGCACUGUUUCUAGUCCUUCUGUUCCUCGCACUCCAGCAGGGAAUGCAGAAAUAGGGCCGAAGUUAACACUGCAGGGGACAAUGUCCCAUUCUCCUGCCCUGCGAGAGAACAGGCACGGGCAGGCACCUUUCACGGGUCUGCUGCAGUCAGGGCUGUCAGGACAAGUGUCUCCGUGGGUUUCCCUCUGCCUUCCUCCCCUGCAGAACAUCCUUUUGCUCAUCCUUACACGUGUUACGGCUCCUCCCAUCAGCUGCCGGAGGAAGGUCUCCUACCGACACCAAAACCUGGCUCUGGGGUGUGGCCCUGGAGGCAGAGACAGCCUGGAGACUGAAGUUGGGGAUAUUUAGACUCGAGACUGUGCUUCCAGUCUGCACCGUGCCACACUAAUAAAAGUUUUUAAGGAUGCA